AUGCAGAAAAUCUCGUGCCCCCAUUGCACUUUUCUAAACGAGCCCAAUCGUCUGAAGUGCACCAUGUGCUUGCGGUACCUUCGAAAGCGAGAGCGAACGAGUCUAGGCCUCUCUGGCGAUGGCGAAAUAUCAUCCGCGGCCCCUCCCCCUUCCCUUCCCCCUCCAGCCUCCGUUCUGUCCCUCUUCUCCACCGCUAGUGGGAAGGCGAUUCAAAUCAGCGAUGCCGCCCUUCAAAAGGCGAGGGCGAAGUUCGCUUUUUUUGAGCCGGAUCGGAUGCAUGGAGAAGGGGAGGAAGGAGGGGAAAAAGAAACACCAACCGCUCGCGAGAAAGAUGAUGGGAUUGAGGGAAAAAACGCCGAGGGGGCAGCCCUCCCCGACCUCGUGGAGCCCCUCACGCGGGAUUUGCCCCCCUCCCAACCUGAACCCCCCCCCUGA